AUGUCCCGACGAGGACUCGAAUUCAGCAUCGUAUGCGAGUGCUGCAAGCUCGUCUUCUUCGUCACCGUCGUCGUCAUUGUCUUCCUCGAUUCUGAGUGCCAGUGCAAGUUCGGUCCUGAGCACAGCUAUCAAAGUGUCACCUUCAACGGUCCUACAAAAUUUCCCUUCAUCAAGCCUUUCAACUCUGUCAACUUCUACGGCAUCGUCGAGCGCACCCACUGCCAGUGCAGAGAGUUCUCAAUCCCCGGCGCUUCCUUCGCCUUCCGAUGUCGCGGCGAAUGUGGCAUCUCCCAGCAAAGCCCCCAUGAUUGGAGGUAUAAUUCGCUUCACAGUCAUCAGAGACCUCUUCCACCAAAUAAUCCAAGCGAACAAGACAAUACCUCAAUGACCAAUCCCACCGCAAACUCGGCCACGACUGCUCCAACUAUCUCUUUCAACUCAUCUGGGUUUUCCACUCUGGGCUCGGGGAUUCUCUCCAUUUCGUCUGAUGGCUUCGUUCGACUGCCAUCUCUACGAAGAGCAUCCCCACCCGGUGAAAUGCUCGGGACAAUACCUCGGAGCAAUCAAUCCGCUGUUGAGCUCUCAGAUACGGGUUUCUACAGACAACGCGCUGAACUAUCCGCCCAUUCACAAAGAGAGCUCAUUAAUGUCCCUCUGGAAAACAGACGAGGCGCAAGUCCGCUUGCACAAGAUUUCUUGACUGAAUCGAAUCAUGCUACUGCCACUGCGACUACUGGAAGAUCCAGUCCUGAAGGCCUUGUCCUUAACUCCGCCAGUGCAACAGAUCAUUCCGAGGUAGAAGCCGCAUCACUUACCAAUCGAGAGACUGUACGAAAGAUUGUGACUCGCGAAGGUAUCGUUCUGGGCUCAAACCUCGAACAAUAUUCGCCCGUGGUUGGCUCUGGAUCGGCGCGCACGCCAUCCGCAGAUGGCUCCGGGAACCGACAUGUCUUGAGUUUUAUGACAUUUGGUGCUGAAAAUUCCGGCAUUCCAGGGGCUCGGGAGACGCCUCGUCGAGCCAAUGCCCGAUCUCUGGUGACUGGCACUUGUACAGGGGACGAAGUGGCAUCCCACACAACCGCGGAAAUUAACAGAGAGGGUGACAAUGCUAUGGGUGACGAGGCACCACCGGCGUAUGAAUCUGGGGGAGUACCGCCUCGUCAGAAGGAGAAGUCUCCGUCGGGAACCAGGAUGAGGUGGUCAUUGGAGCAGUGA